UAUCCUGUGUUCCGGCACUCGAGUUCGGACCUUUGAAGCGCGCGGACACUCGUGACGAUCUCUCCGUCGAAAACAAAAAAAUAUCAGUUCUAAACGUCACGUUACGCUUGAACCGUUCGAAUAUCUUAACGAAAAUAAUAUUCGUAAUUGAAAACAAAGAAACGUGAAAGUUCCGUGUCGUUUACAGUGGAAUUAUCUACCAAUAAUCGUCGAUUUUAUAACCUAUUCGCGAUUGACGACGCUCCCUCCCCCGGUGAGAGAGCUUAUCGUGAAAGGAUCUUUGAGAAAGAAAGGGAAACGCCGAGUACAAUCGGCGGUGUCAUUCAGCGUCUGGUCGCGGUUGAGCAACCCUCGAGAAUUUUUGCAGUGUCGAACGACCCGGAUAAAUCGUGUUACGAACGAAAAAUCAUUUAAACAAAAAAUAAUAAUACACCGUGCAUCGAUCGCCCCUCGAGACGUGGAUUUUUAAAUAAGUGUUGCUAACUCGCCGUAACCGCCUGUCUUCAAGUUUUUGUGUCGUUAAAUAAAUAACAUAUCGCAGCGAAAAUGGUGUCCGGCGGUAUGGCAUGCGUCAAAUAUCUCCUGUUCCUUUUCAACCUCAUAUUCGCCAUAACUGGUAUCGUGUUCAUAUCAGUGGGUGGAGUGAUCCUCGGCCUUUACAAUGGAUACAGUAACUUUGUGGACAAUUGGUUUUUCGCUGCACCGGUACUUAUGAUCAUCGUAGGUAUCAUAGUCUUCCUGGUGUCGUUCUUCGGAUGUUGCGGUGCCGUCAAGGAAAAUCACUGCAUGAUUAUAACGUUCUCGGUACUCCUCCUACUGAUCUUUGCUCUGGAGCUCGGUGCUGGUAUUUCCGGCUACAUGAUGCGUGCAGAGGUCGGCCGAAUGCUUCAGAACCGUAUGAACGCCACGAUGCCCUUGUACAAGACCGAUCCGGAUGUCCAGAGGUCCUGGGAUAUAAUGCAACACGACCUCCAAUGCUGUGGCAUCAAUAGCUCAUCAGACUGGUGGGUCUCCCAGUACAAAGAACCCAAUCUCCCCGCUACUUGUUGCACCGAGAUUCCUGCCAACGAACAAUGCGACUACAACGGUAUUCGUGUCAGCAACGACGGCUGCAUGGCAAAAUUGAAAAAUACCAUUGAGGAUAAAGCGGUUAUACUUGGUGCUGUUGGUAUUGGAAUUGCUCUUGUGCAGCUGAUUGGUGUAAUCUUCGCGUGCUGCUUGGCUCGAUCGAUCCGCCGUGAAUACGAGACUGUCGAAACUACAGCGCACUGAUCAACCAACGAUUAGGAGACACUAUUUCAUAAUCAUAUUAUGAUAUUACUGUCCAUCUUGCAUUUUUGAUUCGAACAAAGAUUUUAGAAAUCAAAAAAAUGAUUACGAUAACCUGAAGAAGGAUGAAAGAAAAACUUGAUUCUACAAUGUCAACGUUUGAUCGCGCAUUUCUUUCUUUUUUGUCAUUAUUGUGCUCGAUACAUUAUGCAUAAAUAUAUAUACAUAUAUCUAUAUAUUGAAUGUACAGCUAGAAAAGAAGAAAGAUUAAAAAAGACAAAGAAAGAGGAAUGAUAAUAAUGCAACGAGCAAACGUUGAAAAAAUAAACGUUAAAUUUCAACUGCCACUUAAUGCCAAAAUACAAUGAAGACAUUCAGCAUUGAUAGAAAAGAAGAAAAAAAGAAACACAAAACAGACAAACGAACUGAUAACUUUUUGCUAUUUUUUUUUUAUUGACGAUUAUCAACGAAUCAUUAUUUUUUUUUAAAUCUGAAAAACCAUUAUACAAAACCAGCUAUUGCAUUUUCAAUUCAUAUAUACUUACGGAAACAACUCAACAUUCCGAAAGAUCUUUGAAUAAUUAGUUUGAAGAUAAACGUUUGAAAAAAAAACAUCAUUCCUCUUUGAUAUCGAUCUUACAUGUUGAUCUUAAAAGUUGAGAAACAACGAGCUAUUUUUGCCUACAAUGAUUCAAAAUAUCGUAGAUUCAUUACAUUCUCAUUGGAGACGAAAGGCCACAAACGAAACUGAAGUUUCGCCGUUAAACCUCUCGUAAUUGCUUGUGAAAAAGAAAAUAAAUAAUGAAAAAUGUGUCAGACGCUUGCAUCUUUCGAUAAAUCACUAAAAAUUAUUGAAAUUAUAUAUGGCUUACCGCUUCUCCGUAACGCUGAUUGUUGAAUCGGCCAAGCCGGAGGUGUACCUAAUUAAAUGCAUUAUCGAGUUAUAUAAUUAUAUCUAUAUAUAGAUAUAACACACCUGUGGAACACGUUUUAGCGAUUAAAUAAUUAUUAUGACUCAGUAACGUGACGAAUGAUUACGAAAAAAUCAUCUAAAAGCCUAUACAAUACAUAAACACACACACACACACACACACACAGCCGUAAAUUGAUUAAUCAAUUGAGGCAUAAAACAUCCUCGAACAUUGAUUUUGGUUUAUAAAUUGAGCGCACGUAAUUCUAACGUACGUAAUAAUUUAUCGAGUCCAUUACGUGGUCGGUGUUCAAGGUGGGAGUCUCUCUGUGACGUAGGCUUGUCAAUAAUGAAGUUGCCGCGGUGUCAGUGAACUCUCAUAUAUCGAUCCUUUCUGCUUCUCGAGUUUGUCUCGAUGGCAAACUGCGCGCGAUUUCACUCUCGAUCGAAUAUUCACCGUUUUUACAGUUUUUUUUUUAAAUGACAUCUCAUUCACUUCAAUUGGCUUUCUGAAGUAAAUUUUAUCAUUUCGUCAAUUCAGUUUUCACUUAAAUCAAACUUUUUGUUUCAUUCUUAUUCGAAGAAAUAUUUAAAGCCACAUAAAUUGCAAAUUUUGAAAAAACCUUGAUGAGACAAUCGAACGAGAGAAAUAAUAAAGACAGAAACAAGACUUUUCAUUUCUUUUUAUAACGUGCGUAUAGCUCGUAGGACCAGUUUCUUUUGUUAUUGUCAACAGAAUAACCAGCGCGAAUAUAGCUUUGUUAGAAAAAUUCAUUCAUAAGUAAUUCGUAAUAAAUAUAGUUGUAAUGAAUUAUUUAGAUACGGUGUGCCGCACGUAUCCAAAGUCGAGCAUUUUUAUUAGUUACGGAAGCAUUUGAAUUUGUAAGAUUUUUUUUCAUACGUACAAAAAGAGGAAAAACAUACGGAGAGACGAAAAUUCAUGGAUUAUUUUCCGAAAUUGGUGUGUGAUAUUAUGACUAAUUCUACUCGUCCUAUUCGUAAUUUUGAUAAAUUACCGGGCAACAGAAAGACUGAACGCAAAGUUUUAUUAUAAUCAGUAUUAAACGAAAAAAAAAUAACAAACAAAAAAAUAUAAAAUGAAAGGACCUUGAAGGAAAAAAAAAGUAAAAUUGUGGGCUCGGGAGGACAGAACAAAGUAAAACGAAUGAAAGAAAAAAAAUGAGAAAACUUAUUGUUAAUUGGUAUUUUGAAUACGAGACAUACAUUUUUUUCGUCUAUUUUACAAACGAAAUUCAUCUAUAUUGGCUUCUUACACACACUUAUACACACACGACGAAUUUAUUAAUUAUACACUAUUUGUAUUGUAUUUGAGCGUAUACAUUUAAAAAUUAGUUUAUAAUUAAACGAUAUUUGGAAAAUAAAUCGAGAGACGUUUCGUUGAA